AUGCCAGCAAUUCUAUUUCUAGGUGUAACUGGCUACAUCGGCUCUGCUGUCUUCAACACCAUCAUCAACGCCCACCCCGCUCUCAACUACACAGCAAUCGUCCGUACUCCCUCACACGCAGCCCAUAUUCACGACGUCAACGCUGUCAACGGCACGCUAGAAGACCGAGCGCUCGUCACCCAGUUUGCUAGCAAGGCGGAUAUUGUCAUUAACGUUGCUCGUGCGGAUGACCUUGGCUUAAUCGAAGCUCUCGUUGAGGGGUUGAAGAGGAGGAAAGAAGAGACGGGGAAGAGGUCUGUACUUAUCCAUACCUUGGCAGGAGAUGCGUUCGAAGGGAGAGAUACAUGGGAUGACACAGACGAAGAUUGCAUCCGCCUUCUCCUCAACAAACCAGUCGAACAAUCCAUCCUCUCCGCCACACGCGACGGCAUGCUCCGCGCCUACUUCAUCGCCCCAGCUGCCGUCUACGGUCUCAACGCAUACGGCAAACCCUCCCCCUUCUACAUCGACAUCAUCCGAGACGCCCUGUCUCUCCCCGAACCCAACAUUACUUCCCCGCACUUCCACCCACUCUUGGCUUCUGUAAUCAAGGAACGCCCGAAUCGCGUGAUGGGGAUGGUGAACAUAGACGACCUCGCGAACUUGUACCUCCUCGUACUCGACAGCAUUCUCCACUCCCGGCAUUUGUCUGAAUCCCAGUUUGGGAUUCCGGCCUCACCUCCUAGCGUGUAUAUCGCCUCUUCUUCGGAACGUCUCUGCGCGUCUGUCUAUGACACCAUCAUACGAGCACUCAGUAGCCGUAACCUCCUUCCCUCAUCGACUCCCACACUAACCCCACCCGGAUCCAAGCUAAUAGCAAACGAAUCCUCCGAAACACGCUUCUUCCUUGCACGCCACGCUUCCACUGAGCUAGGCUGGACACCCUCCAAACCCGUUUGGGAGCACGACGUAGGGUGGGACCUCGACAAGGCGCUCGAAAAGCUCAAGGUUACCACUAAUCAAGCUGACGCUGGCGCUAAUCCGUCAAAGAACGCGUAA